UUAUCUUUAUGGUUGAAAGUGAAACUUUAUGUUUGCUAUAUGGCUUUCUGUGGUCUACUCCGUGAUUUACGUGAUUUUCCGAGGUUGUUAGAUUGCCACAACCCCCCUAUUAUUUGAAUAAGAACAAAGAGGACUGGCUGAAGGCAUUAGGCUGAGUGCAUCAUGCAGUUGCGUAAUAUCGGCAUGGUCAGGAAUCAACUGCAUGCAUGGUGUAUCAACUGUGUGUGUGUGUGUGUGUGUGUGUGUGUUUUACUUCCUCUUUUCUGUAGGCCUGCAGUUUCAUGGUGUUACUAUUUCAACAGUGAGCCAAGCGUUAACAAGGACAGAACCAACCACCUGCACGAGCCUACGCUUCACACAGGUACAGGUGAUCUGGGCUGGUGUUUGGGAGCAAUGGGCUGCUGUUUGAGCUGCAUCUACCGGGACCCUGUGCCAGGGGACAUGGUGGAGAUCAUGGAGACGCUGUAUAGCCACUGGGUCGUAUAUGUGGGAGAUGGAUACGUGGUGCACUUCACAGUCCCAGAUUCGGCCAAGUACUUGCCGAUCUCCAAAGGUCACAUCGCACGCAGUAAGCUAGCAGAGAUGGUGGUGGGGCGAUCCCAUCGCGUCAAUAACUACCUGGACGACAGGUAUGAGCCACGGCCCACGGCCAUCAUCGUGGAGGAGGCCAACGCCUGGGUGGGCAAGCCGCUGGACUACAACCUGCUGCUGGAGAACUGCGAACACUUCGCCACUUACCUGCGCUAUGGCCACGCAGAGUCCAGACAGGUGAAACGAGGAUGGUGUGUGUGUGCCUCCUGUACCGUGGUCUGGGUAGAGCUCAUCAAAUGGUUCAAGAGAAAACAUCCGAAAGACAUGCCAGCAGAAGAGGUGGUGUGAGACGAGGAGUACACCCCCCCCCCCCCGCAACACACACAUAUAAACACACAAA